AUGUGGCAAUUUUUGCGCCUGCAAAAUGUAGAAAAUGGUGGAGCAGUGACAGAGGGAGAUGUUUCAAUUGCUGAGGUGGCAAAAGAUGAUUCACAGGUUCUUCAUGAAGCAAUGGGUGCUGAGGUGGAGAAUAAAACUGAUGCUGAUACUGAGUUGAAGCACGAAGUAGACAAUUCUCAGAGCGUUGGCGCUGAUGCUGUGGCAAGAGUUGCAACCAGAAAUGAAGAGAAUGGUGAAGCAGUGAGACAGGGAGUUUUUUCAACUGUGGAAGCUACAAUAGAGGGGGCACUAGAUGGGGCAAAUUUAAAGAAGCAAGAAGAAGUACAAUGUAGGUUUGAAGGAGUGGAUGUUGAGGGGGAGACUUCUACUAUUGAUAAUGAUGCUGAGAAAUUGAUUUUGAAUAAAGUUGAGGAGAAUGAUGAGAUGGUUGUAGAGACAGAUGUAUCAACAAUUGAAGCUAAAGCUGUGGAAAUGGAUGUAACAAAACAUGAAGAAGUGGAACAUGUUUCGACGUUAGAUGAUUCACAGGGUGCCCUUGUAGACAAGGAAGAUGAAGCAAUAGGUGUUGAGGAAGAGACUACUAAUGUGGAUACUGAAGUGGAGACUGAAACUGAUACAGUCGAGUCAGGGGAAUCCUUGGGAGGAAAGAGGAAGAGGAGGGAGUCUAAGAGUCCUGGAAAUUCAAAGGCUGCAGCUAGAGCUUCAAGUAGGAAGAUUACAGAAGAGGACGUUUGCUUCGUUUGCUUUGACGGCGGGGAUUUGGUGCUAUGUGACCAUAGGGGUUGUCCUAAAGCAUAUCAUCCCUCUUGCGUUAACCGGGAUGAAGAAUUUUUCCGUGCCAAAGGUCGAUGGAAUUGUGUUACUGUAGCUUUUGAUAAUGCUGGAUUUACUUGCUUUUCUAUUGCUUUAUCUUGCUCAUUGUUUAUUUUCGGUUCAGGUUGGCAUCAAUGUAGCAAUUGUGAGAAAAAGGCUUACUACAUGUGCUAUACAUGUCCAUUUUCGUUAUGCAAGGGGUGUAUAAAAAAUGCUGUUAUCCUGUGUGUUAAGGGAAACAAAGGCUUUUGUGAGACCUGCAUGAGAACUGUCAAGCUAAUAGAAAGCAAUGGGCUGGGAGACAAGGAUGCACCAGUAGAUUUUGAUGACAAGAAUUCCUGGGAGUAUCUGUUUAAGGAUUACCUUGUUGAUCUAAAAAUGAGGUUAUCUUUAUCUUCAGAAGAAAUUGCCAAUGCGAAAAGUCCUUGGAAGGGCUCUGAUGAAUCUGCUAAUAAACAUGAUUUGGCUGAUCCUCAGUAUGACGACAAUGAUGAUGGAGCUUCAGGUUCAGAUGAUUCUAUUGAAACUUUGGAAGCCAGUAAAACUAAAAGAAGAAGCUUAAAAAGACGAUCAAAAUCACUCAGAAUUGAAGAGGAUUCAACCAGUGCAGCUGCUGUUAGUGGAAGUGAAGGCUUCUCUACAGCUGGCACCACUGAAUGGGUAUCAAAAGAGCGGCUUGAAUUUGUUAAGCACAUGAACAAUGGUGACGCUUCUGUUAUUUCUCAAUUUGACGUGCAAGCUCUGUUGCUUGAAUACAUCAAAACAAAAAAACUUCGUGAUCCUCGUCGGAAAAGUCAAAUUAUAUGUGAUUCAAGACUUGAAAGACUAUUUGGAAAACUGCGGGUUGGGCAUUUUGAAAUGUUAAAACUGCUCGAGUCUCAUUUUCUUGUGAAAGAGGAAUCUCAGAUAGAUGAUGUUCAAGGCAGUAUAGUUGAUACGGAUGUCAAUCACUUUGAAACUGAUAGAAAUGCUGACACUCUUAGUAGUGGAGUCAAAGAUAGGAAACGUAAACGUAAGAAAGGCGAAAGAAGGGGACCUCAAUCAAAUUGUGGAGACUGUGCAGCUAUUAAUGCGCACAACAUCAGCUUAAUUUACUUACGACGGAAGUUGAUAGAGGACCUACUUGAAGAGAUUGACAAUUUUCAUGAAAAAGUUUUUGGGACGUUUGUAAGAAUACGAAUUUCUGGUAGUGCACAGAAGCAAGACCUCUAUAGGCUGGUGCAAGUCGUUGGUACAAGCAAAGCUGCUGAACCCUACAAACUUGGCAAGAGGACAACUGAUAUUGUUUUGGAUAUCUUAAAUCUGAACAAGACAGAGGUUGUAUCAAUUGAUACUGUCUCAAAUCAAGAUUUUACUGAGGAAGAAUGCAGGCGUUUACGCCAGAGUAUAAGGUGUGGACUGAUCAAUAGACUAACGGUGGGUGAUGUUCUUGACAAAGCCGUGGAAAUACAGGCUGCUAGAGUUGAUGAUUGGCUGGAAUCGGAAAUCCUUCGGCUUAGUCAUCUUCGUGAUCGAGCUAGCGAGAAAGGGCGUAAAAUGGAGCUUAGAGAAUGUGUGGAGAAACUGCCUUUAAAGACUCCUGAUGAACGUCGUCGUAGACUUGACGAAGUCCCAGAAAUACAUGCAGAUCCAAAAAUGGAUCCGAGCUAUGAGUCAGAGGAUGAUGAUGGGGAAAAUGAGAGUAGACGAGAUGUUUAUACAGGGUCACGAGAUUCCAGUUUCAGCAGGAGAGGAAACAGGCCAGUUUCCCCUGGAAGCAACUUUUCUCCAAAAGAUUCUUGGGGGAGUGCAGGGAAACUUCAGUCUAAAAAUUGGGAAUUAGACAGAACCUUGUCCAGUAAAAACAUUUUUAGCAAAAGCAAAGAUGCUGCACAUGUUGGUGACAUUGUAAAUGAGAAUGCAUGGAGUCAAGGAAAAGAUUGGGAGACAGAAUCGCAGAAUCUGGAGAAGCUCGUUUCUGCUACCAAUUCUGAAACAAUUGGAUGGAAUAGCGAUGCUGUGUCGAGUUCUUCAGGUAUUGCAUCUAUACCCUCUCCAGCUACACUCCCAGUUAAGGCUGCAGAAACUGCUGUUAAGAUCAAUGAAACAGAAAAGAUGUGGCAUUACAAGGAUCCUUCUGGAAAAGCACAGGGGCCAUUUUCUAUGGUUAGGUUACGUAAAUGGAGCAAUACAGGAUACUUCCCUGCUGAUCUGAAAAUAUGGAGUAUUACAGAGAAGGAAGGCGAAUCUAUUCUUUUGACUGAUGCAUUAGAAGGAAGGCUUGAAAAAGCUUCACCAGCAGUAGACAGUAUACAUUCAAGAGCUGUCGUGCAAAAUCGAGAUGGAGAGAGACCUCAUUUGAAUCAUAGUCGUGGUUCUGAGAAUUCUCCUAGUCUUUCUGUUUCCACUAGAGGUGGAAUUUCUUCUUCUAUUGAAGUAAGGGAAUCAGAAAAUAAUGUGAGUUCUGAUAAUGGUUUUGGUCCUGUGCUCAACUCUGGAGAGGGUAUCCCAGCAGGCCCAACAAAUCCAAUGCAACAUACUCAGUCGAUUACUAGUAAUGAACAACAUGCAGCAGUUAUGAAUAGCCAACCUGGCUUACAAAAUGCAACUGUAAAGUCCAUUCAGUCUCUUAAUAUUCAGAACCCUAAUGUGGGUGCUCAUACUUCUGCUGCUGCUUCAUUGUAUGGAGAAUCAAAUGGUUCUGUUGCUGCACUUGGGAUUCCCCAGGGAUAUGGUAAUUGGGUUACAUCUUCUGUUCAAAAUUCUGCCGUAAGUUUCACAAGCGCAGGUGCCUCAGUUGUGCCUCAACCUCAUUAUUGGGGAGCUCAAACUCAAGGUGGCCAACCCAAUGAGCAACCUCCAUCUGUGCCUACUGCACCCUGGGGGGUGGCGCAGCCGGAGAGUAUCAGUUCUGCAUCAGCAUUCAGACCUGAAAAUCCAAAUCCUGGCUGGGGCAUGAUGCCAGGAAAUGCAAACAUGACCUGGAUUGGACAGGUACCGGCGGCCAUGAAUAUGAACUGGGGAGCCACUGUUCAAGCAAUGCCUGCGGGAAAUGCAAAUCCUGGUAUGGUUGUGCCUACCAUGCCAUUUCUUGGGAAUUUGAACCAAGGAUGGGUUGCACCAUUGGGUAAUCCUAUGGUCCAGGGAUUGGCGCCCGGUAAUGCACAUCAAGGUUGGGUUGCUCCAACGGAGAAUAUGGGAUCAACUGUUCCCGGGCCUACGCCUAGUAACGGAUGGGUUACUGGAAUAGGAAAUCCUGGAACUCUUGUCCAAGGACCAUCACAACCACCAGGAUAUGCAAAUGCAAAUCAAGGUUGGCGUCCAUCUACUGGAAGUCCGGGCACGAGAAAUAAUGAACAUCGGCGUCAUGGGGGUAACUUCUCACGUCAGAAGGACGAGGGUUCUCGUGGCGGUAACUCAGGUUACAAUGGUGGACGCUGGAAUAGGCAGUCAUCUUUUGGCAGUAGAGGGCCUGGCGGUUCCUCUGGAGGUUUCUUCAGAAGGAAUAAGCCCUGUCCAUAUAAUACGAAUGGUCGAUGUGUAAAGGGUUCCGAGUGUAAUUAUCUUCAUAGCUAAUCAGAGUUAAGGCUGUAUGUGGGCCCGGGCCCGGGCCUAAAUGGGCUAAACGGGCCCGGGCUUAGCGGUCCCGGGCUCUGGCGGUCCCGGGC